CCCCUGUCCGGCGCGGGCGCACUGAUCGUUUCGCUUUACCUUGUCGCCCUUCAUGAUACGGAAGUCAGGCAACAAGCGGCACCAACCGGCGGUAUGGCGGCGCUGCCGCACCAUCCGCUCUCUGAGGCAGAUGCACGCCCUUAUGGUCGUCACUGGCUUCCUCUCCGACGCCUCCGCCCUUCGGGAACUGCUAUUCUCCUCGGCCGUCUCGGUCGCGGGCGCCGUGCCUUACGCCCUCCAACUGUUCGACCGAAUCCCCCGCCCGGACCUCUUCAUGUGGAACACCGUCAUCCGCGGCGCUGCCCACACCUCCACGCCCUCGGACGCCAUUUCCCUGUUCGCGCGCAUGGAGAGAGCCGGCACACGGCCUGACAAACUCACCUUCCCCUUCCUCCUCCGCGCUUGCACCAAGCUCUCCGAACCCGCGUUGGGUUCACAAUUCCAUGCCAAGAUCACAAAAUUUGGUCUGGAAUCAGAUUCCUUUGUCAGGAACGCACUCAUUAACAUGCAUGCGAAUUGUGGCGACUUGGCAGUGGCUGACUCACUCUUCGAUGGGUCUGCCAGACGGGACGUCGUUGCGUGGUCCGCGUUGAUUGCAGGCUACGCAAGAAGAGGUGAGCUGACCAUCGCACGUCAGUUGUUCGACGAUAUGCCGUCCAAGGAUUUGAUCUCUUGGAAUGUCAUGAUCACUGCAUGUGCGAAACGAGGGGAGAUGGCAAUGGCACGGGAGUUGUUUGAUCGGGUUCCCGAAAAGGAUGUUGUGUCAUGGAAUGCGAUGAUCGCUGGAUAUGUGCAAUGUAGGGAGCAUGAUCAAGCGAUGGAGGUUUUUGAACAGAUGCAUGUUGCAGGGGAGCAGGCUGAUGAGGUUACCAUGCUGAGCUUGGUUUCUGCAUGCGCUGAUGCUGGAGUUCUGGAUAUCGGCAAGAGGAUACAUGUCUCCCUGAUGGAGAUGUGCUCUAGAAAUGGGCUUUCUACAUGUCUUGGCAAUGCAUUGAUAGACAUGUAUGCAAAGUGUGGGAGCAUUCAAGGAGCAAUGGAGGUUUUCCGGGGGUUGAGGGAGAAGGACCUAUCAACAUGGAACUCGAUUGUUGGAGGAUUAGCAAUCCAUGGUCACUUUGAAGACUCGUUAUAUUUAUUUGAAGACAUGCUUAAGAAGAAAUUGAGACCGGAUGAGAUCACUUUCGUCGGCGUCUUGGUUGCUUGCAGUCAUGGAGGGAUGGUCGAACAGGGAAAGGGAUACUUUUGCCUGAUGCAGAAUGAGUAUGGGAUUGAACCAAAUAUCAAGCAUUAUGGUUGUAUGGUGGACAUGCUUGGGCGUGCAGGACUUCUGAAAGAAGCAUUUGAAUUUAUAGAUAGUAUGAAGAUUGAACCAAACCCAAUUGUGUGGAGGGCACUGCUUGGAGCUUGUCGAAUCCAUGGUGAUGUCAAGUUGGCUGAGCGAGCUAAUGAACAGUUGCUGAGGAUGAGGAAUGAUGCGAGUGGGGACUUUGUGUUGCUCUCCAAUAUUUAUGCUUCAAGAGGAGAAUGGGGUGGAGUGGAGAAGGUGAGGAAGUUGAUGGAUGACAGAGGAGUUAGCAAGGAGGCUGGCUGUACUCUGUUUGAUGCUGAUAGUAAAGAGCUCAUGCAAUUUUUGUCACAGGGUAAACCUGGUUUAAGGAUGAAGGAAGCUGCUUGAUCGAUACUACUUUCAUGAAGAAUGUAGGUUGAUAUGUUUGCAAAACUGGAGUUCCUAAUGAAGAUCCUGGGGCGAUACCUUUCUCAUGGCUAUGGAGAUUUUAUAUCAAGGGAGAAACAAUUCCUUUUUCAUUUUCUACAAGCAGCCAUGUAGAGGAGCACAGGGAGGAAAUCGUGUGACAGCAUAAUUUACCAACUGCUGGCAAUGUAGGUGUUGCCAUUUGAUGGACAUUAUUGGGGGCAUGAACAAGUUAUGGGGGACAUGAAAUGGAUCUGCAAUUUGCAAAAUUGGAGCUAGUAGCAGAGACAAGCAGUAAGAACUAAAGGUUUCAGAAGCUGGAGCCAGACAAAUGGUUCUUAAGAAAAGAUUUCAGCUCCGUGGGAGGUGACAUCAGCAUGCCAUUUGUUUUGGAUUGUCAUUUGCAAUUCAAAGGUCACUGGGAAGAAGAUCUGAGGAGUCUCCACAGAAGAUGAUUAAGAAGCACAAAAGACAGUGCAGCAGAUGUACUUCAGGUAGAAGAGAAGGAGAAAGCAGAGGAUGGGCUGCACCAACAUCACCUUCC